GACACAUGCGAGCCUAGCGGAGUCCGAGCAGCCACGGUGUCAGCUGAGGAGCGAUGGCAUCGGCAUCUCCCACUGCAGCCACCUCACAGUCCACCCUGCCCUCCGGACCAGUCGUCUUUAAAACCAUUCCCUACGCCUUCAUCCUGCCGGAGAUAAUCUGCGGGGCCUGGGUUUGGAUCCUCGUUGCUGCUACCUCAGUCUCCUUCCCGCUGCUGCAGGGAUGGGUUAUGUACGUGUCCCUUACCUCCUGCCUCAUCUCCCUGUUGCUCCUCAUAAGUUACCUCUUCGGCUUUCACAGAAACAGCAACAACUGGAAAGUGCUGGAUAGUUUGUACCACGGUGCCACAGCCAUUCUGUACCUGAGUGCUGCUGUCUUGCAAGCCAACGCGACAAUCAACUCCGAGUUCAACUUCAGCUCACCACUCUACUACCAACUCAACUGUGCGGCAUCGUUCUUUGCCUUCAUCACGACCUUCCUGUAUAUCCUUCACGCCUUCAGCAACUACUACCAGUGAGCCUGGUGGAGAUGGCGCCAGCUUCACAUCUUCAGGAUGAGAGCGUUCCUAGAGCGAAGGCAACAGUGGGCUUCCCAAGGUGUCCUGGCACCUCCACCGACCCUGUCGAGACGCGGCUGUUUUUUCAGUUCAUUGAAGGAGGGAUUUUUGUA